UCUUCCCUCUUGGUCACACUUAAAGAACCUGGUAGACCGAGGUCAAGUUCAGAAAAUGAGCAGAAGAUGACUAGUAAAUGAAGCUUCGGGAUGAAGCAGUCAAAAACGCUGGACGGGUUCAACAGGCGAGAGGGGGAGGCGGCACACUGAAGAUGAGGAGAUAAGCGGUCGAGAGCAAAAUGAGUCCACGCGGCACAAGAGACCGACGACAGGCUCUCCGCCGAGGGGCUUGACUCAAGCCUUCGCCGCGACUAACCUGAUUAGGCAAGUGGAGGCUGGGAGGGGAGGUGGAAAACCAAAGCAGGAAUUACAACAGGUCAUUUGGUGAAAGAAGACUCUUAAAUCUGGGAGCCGGAAUUAGAGCUGAAGAAACAGCGGCGAGGAAGCCACAAAACCACAGUCGAAAUGCCGUCCAAUGGGAAUCAUGCUUUGACGCUUCAGUUUGGUCUGAUCAACCACGAAGGCUGCUAUCUCACAGCUGAGAGAUUUGGCUUUAAGCUCAAUGCUUCAGCUCCAAGCAUGAAGAAGAAGCAGAUCUGGAUUCUGGAGCAGGAGUCUCAGGACACCCGGGUGGUGUACCUGCGUAGCCACCUCGGACGCUACCUGGCCUCCGACAAGGACGGCAAGGUGAGCUGCGAGGCGGAGGGCCGCCACUCGGAAUGCCGUUUCCUCAUCGCGGCCCAUUCGGACGGUCGCUGGGCUCUUCAAUCCGAGCAGCACCUCCGCUUCUUCGGCGGCUCCAGGGACUACCUGUCCUGCUUCGCUCAAGGUGUCACAGACGCCGAACUGUGGGUGCUGCACCUGGCUCUGCACCCGCAGGCCAACUUGUUGUCGGUGGCCCGCAAGCGCUACGCCCAUCUCUCGGCGGAGGACGGCGAGAUCUCGGUGGAUAUGAACAUUCCCUGGGGGGUGGCCGCAAUCCUGACCCUCGUCUACCAGAGCGGCAAGUACUGCCUGAAGACCUGCGACGGCCGCUUCCUCAGCAAUGAUGGGAAGCUGGUGAAGCAAAGCGGCAGGACCACUACGUACACGCUAGACCUCAAGUGUGGAAAGUUGGCUUUCAAAGACUGUGAGGGGAAGUAUUUGUCUCCCAUGGGCCCCAGCGGCACCUUGAGGUCCGGUCGCUGUUCCAAACCGGGCAAAGAUGAACUAUUUGACCUGGAGGAGAGCCAACCGCAAGUGGUUCUGACGGCAGCCAAUGGGAAACACGUCUCCAUGAGGCAAGGCGUAAGCCUCGCCGCCAACCAGGAAGACGAGACGGAUACGGAGACGUUUCAGAUGGAGAUGGACAAGGAGAGCAACAAGUGUACUUUUCGAACCAGCCGUGGCAACUACUGGGACCUGGUGGACCACGGAGGCAUCCAGAGUACAGCCACGCAAGUUUCAGCCAACACCAUGUUUGCAAUGGAGUGGAUUGGUCACAAGAUAGCAUUAAAAGCAAACAAUGGUAAAUAUAUCUGCACCAAGAAGAAUGGACAGUUGCUAGCUGUCAGUGAUUCUAUAGGGGAGGACGAACAGCUGAGUUUGAAACUAACCAACCGGCCCACGUUGAUCCUCCGAGGUGAGAAUGGUUUCAUCUGCCACCACAAGAACUCCAACACUUUGGACGCGAGCAGAUCUGUUUACGACAUCUUCAGUCUGCAAUUCAGCAACGGGGCCUACCAUAUUAAAGGUCAGCACGCCAAAUUGGGUUUAAAUGAAAUGGUUGUCCAUCAUUCUGUGCUGUAAUGCAUCGUUUUUACCCCGGCAGGUGCGACCGGUCGCUUCUGGUACGUCAACAGUAGCGGGCUGGUGUGCUCAGACGGUGAAGUGCCCGAGGAUUUCGGCGUGGAACUCCCGGAGCGCGGCCGCCUCGCCAUUCGCAGCAGGAGCGGCCACUAUCUGCGCGGCGACCAGGGAGGCACGCUGAAAGCAGACGGACUCAGCUUGAACAGCUCGGCUUUGUGGGAGUAUUAA